AUGUCUCACGGUGUCGUUCUUGUUACUGGCAUCACUGGCUUCAUUGCUACCCACACCGCUAAAGCUUUUCUUGAAGCGGGGUACACGGUAAAGGGAACAGCUCGUUCCGCAGGCAAAGCCGAGGAAUGGAUCUCGCUCUUUCCCGCCUUCAAGUCAAAAUUUCAGUACGCUGUCGUUGAAGACAUGAUAGCUCCCGGUGCUUUCGACGAGGCCAUCAAGGGGUGCGAUAUUGUUGCCCACAUUGCCUCCCCCGCUCAUUGGAACCAUACCGAUAACGAGAAGGAUAUCCUCAUUCCUGCCAUCCAAGGAACCAGGAACCUCGUUGAGGCGACUAGGUUGGAGCCCAGGAUCAAGCGAGUCGUCUUCACGUCCUCUUUCGCCUCCAUUGUCGACCCGGCAGCUCCUCCUGACCACGUCCACAAGAGUGAGGACUGGAAUCCUGUCACGUACGAGGAAGCCAAAGCCUCCUCUACACCGGCUUUUGUUUACCGCUCCUCUAAGCCACUUGCUGAGCGUGCAUUCUGGGACUACAUUAAGGAGGAAAAGCCGGCCUGGGAAGGAUCUGCCAUAUGUCCCUGCGGUACUUUUGGGCCCCCCAUCCACCCUUUGAAAUCUAUGUCGGCCCUAAACACGUCCAUCCAGUACUUCUGGAACAUGGCCAACGGGACCUUCAAGUCCGGCGUCCCGGCCGUCGGGUUCCCGGUAUUCGUUGACGUACGUGACGUCGCCUUGGCUCAUGUCCGGGCGGUUGAGCUCGACGCCGCAAAGGGUCAACGUUAUCUCCUUAUUGGCGGGACUUACAAACCCGAGCUCUUCGUCGACGUCAUGGGGCGCACUCACCCGGAGCUGAAGGCUGACAAGCUGGCUGAGGUGGAUGUCUCGAAGGUCAAGCUCGACACGUCGUUCAAGUACGAUAAUUCUAAAGCUCAAAAGGACCUCAACUUAACCUUCACCUCGCUCGACAAGAUGGUGGCUGACACGUUGGAUCGCUUGCUAUUGUUGGAGAAAGAGUUGCCGAAGUAG